AGCUACCGAGCAAAAAUGGGUGAGAUAAGUAAAGAUGAUGUCGAGAAAUACCUGGAGAACAACCCACAGUUUGCCAAGGAGUAUUAUGACAAAAAACUGCGUGCGGAAGUAGUGGGAAGCGUCUUCAAAGUCAACCCUGGGGAUGUAAAGGAUGGAAUCUCCUUCAAGGAAAUGACAAAGCUGGAGGAAUGUCAGGUGCUUUUUGAGCUGAUGAUGGAAAUCCAGGAAGAAGCCAGCUCUGUGGAAAAGAUAGUGCACAAAAUCCUGCAAAGGUUGGCACAGUUGCUGGCAGCUGACCGGUGUAGUAUGUUUAUUCAACGUUCCCGCAAUGGUAUUCCAGAAGUGGCUAGCAGGCUCAUGGAUGUCACCCCUACUUCCAAAUAUGAGAGCAAUCUGGUGCCUCCUGAGAAAGAAGUCGUUUUUCCUCUGGACAUUGGGAUAGUUGGGUGGGUUGCUCAUACCAAGAAGGUAUUUAACAUACCAGAUGUAAAAAAGAAUAAUCAUUUCUCCGACUUUGUGGAUAAACAAACCGGCUAUACAACCGUCAACAUGCUUGCAGCUCCAAUAGUGUCUGGGAAAGAGGUUCUCGCUGUGUUCAUGGUUCUUAACAAGCAAAAUGCCUCUGAAUUCUCUAAAGAAGAUGAAGAUCUAUUUAACAAAUACAUUAAUUUCCUUGCACUUGCUGUAAAGCAGUAUCACAUGGCAUACUUGUACAAUAUUGAAUCCAGAAAAAGUCAGAUGCUUUUGUGGUCUGCCAACAAAGUAUUUGAAGAACUUACAGAUAUUGAACGACAGUUUCACAAAGCACUGUACACCAUUCGAGUAUACUUAAACUGUGAAAGAUAUUCUGUUGGUCUGCUGGACAUGACCAAAGAGAAGGAAUUCUAUGAUGAAUGGCCAAUUAAACUGGGAGAAGCAGAGCCUUACAAAGGACCAAAAACACCCGAUGGCCGAGAAGUCAACUUUUAUAAGAUUAUUGAUUACAUCUUACAUGGAAAAGAAGAAAUCAAAGUCAUUCCAUCACCUCCUCCAGAUCACUGGUGUCUUGCUAGCGGAUUGCCAACUUACGUUGCUGAAAAUGGAUUUAUUUGUAAUAUGAUGAAUGCACCAGCAGAUGAAUACUUCACUUUUCAGAAAGAAGCUUUCGAUGAGACAGGGUGGAUUAUUAAGAAUGUCUUAUCUUUACCUAUUGUCAACAAGAAGGAAGAAAUUGUCGGUGUAGCUACAUUUUACAACAGGAAAGAUGGCAAACCCUUUGACGAGCAUGAUGAACAGCUUACUGAAAUGCUUACACAGUUCCUGGGAUGGUCUGUUCUAAAUACCGACACCUAUGACAAAAUGAAUAAGCUUGAAAACAGAAAAGACAUUGCUCAGGAAAUGCUGAUGUAUCAGACAAAAGCAACAGCGGCUGAAAUUCAGACCAUAUUGAAAUACAAAGAAAAACUGAAUUUAGAUGUUAUAGAUGAGAACUGUGAUGAGAAACAACUUAUCAAAAUUUUGAAAGAGGAAUUGCCUGAACCAAAGGAUGUAGAACUUUAUGAAUUUCGCUUCAGUGACUUCCCCGUUACAGAACAUGAGUUGAUCAAGUGUGGGAUACGGAUGUUCUUUGAGAUAAAUGUUGUGGAAAAGUUCAAAGUACCAGCAGAGGUGCUUACAAGGUGGAUGUAUACUGUGAGAAAAGGCUAUCGCGAUAUCACUUACCACAACUGGCGGCAUGGAUUCAACGUUGGGCAGACCAUGUUCACCCUUUUGAUGACAGGUAGAAUAAAGAAAUAUUAUACGGACCUAGAAGCCUUUGCUAUGGUAUCUGCAGCUUUUUGCCAUGACAUUGAUCACAGAGGGACCAACAACUUGUAUCAAAUGAAGUCAGCAUCUCCACUGGCAAGACUUCAUGGCUCUUCCAUUUUAGAAAGACACCAUCUAGAGUACAGUAAAACCUUGCUACAAGAUGAGAGUUUAAACAUCUUCCAGAACCUAAAUAAGCGCCAGUAUGAAACUGUUCUACAUUUAUUUGAAGUUGCAAUCAUAGCAACUGACUUGGCUUUAUAUUUCAAGAAAAGGACUAUGUUUCAAAAGAUUGUGGAUGCAAUUGAAAAGAUGGAAAAAGAAGAGGAAGCAAUUAAAUAUAUAUCUAUGGACCCGACCAAAAAGGAAGUAAUAAUGGCGAUGAUGAUGACUGGCUGUGACUUGUCUGCUAUCACUAAACCAUGGGAGGUGCAAAGUAAGGUUGCCAUCAUGGUUGCAAAUGAAUUCUGGGAGCAAGGUGAUCUUGAACGAACUGUCCUACAGCAACAGCCAAUUCCUAUGAUGGACAGGAACAAAGGUGAAGAACUGCCCAAGCUUCAAGUUGGUUUCAUUGAUUUUGUGUGUACUUUUGUAUACAAGGAAUUCUCAAGGUUCCACAAGGAAAUUACACCUAUGUUUGAUGGCCUUCAAAACAACCGGGUGGAAUGGAAGUCGCGAGCUGACGUGUAUGAAGAAAAGAUGAAGAAGAUUGAGGAAGAAAAGAAAAGGCAGGAGGAAGAAGCUGCCAAGAAAGCUGAAGCAGCAGCAGCAGGAGGCGGCGGUGGUGGUGGUGGAGGAGGAGGAGGUGGAGGAGAAGAGGGCAAAUCAAAAACAUGUACAAUUUUAUAACUGACUUCAAUGGCACUAAAAAAACAUCAAGGACAAUAUUUCUGCUACAGUGGAAGAAAUCUAGGAAGAUCUUCAGUGAGCUUGGGGAUUUCUCUGAAACAUAAAGUAGCAUACAGUCCAGUCCUUACUUGUCUGCCAUUUCCAGUGGAAUCAACAGUGACAGCAUUGGGAGGAAACUGAAAAAAAAUCACGACGAAUGGAUGAAAUAUAAUCAGAGAUUAAUUUGUACAAGUGGAUUAUGGGUUCAUUUCUUGGGUUGCUGUCAUCCUCAAUUUAUACAGAAUGUUUUUUAUUAAACGAAUUAAAGCUGCAAACUGUCAGGAUUUUUACACUAUUUUCUGUCAAUUUCAUAUAAGCAUCUCCACAUUGCACACCUUGUAAUCCCAUAAUUAGUAAUGGAGAACAAUAGGUUUUAUAUUAUGUUUAGCCCUUUCAUCUGGAAUUAUUUAUCUUCUUUUCCCUGUACUGUUACAAAUAAAGUUGCAGCAGAUGUCAUGUUAGUA